GUGACGCUUUCAUGUUGUCAAUUCAACAACCAAAACACCCGCAGUUGGGAUUCUUAACCAAAGGUUGCAAAGUUAAUCGAAUGUGGUUUUUUUUUAAAAGACAUGCAUUGAUGUGGAGAAGUCUGACGCUAUAGCGAAACUGGUUGUAACCAUUCGAUUAUUAUAUUCGCAGCUGUGGGGCUUUCGACCGGUUAAUGAGUGCUUCUGGGUUUCAGGUGGAUUGAGCGUGUGCUACCCGGAGCUGGGAUCAACAGGGUGAGUGAGCAACACACCUCUCCAGACAGAAAGCCACCCGGGGAGGUGGACCCCGGGAACUGAGAGGGGACAGAAGGUGCGCAGUUUCACUGGUGCCCAGUGAAAGUGACAAGCGUCUGGAGGGAAGCGUCACCCGCGUUCAUCCACUUGGCAAAACAGAGAUCCGGGGGUGAGGGGUGUGGAUAAAUGAUGGAAAAACUAGCACCACAGGAAAAUAUUCCUCAAAUCGGGAAUGAAGAUGGCACAACUCGUUCGCUACAAGGACCUGAAGAGUUUUUUUUUAAGGGAACAUGAUUAUAACUGAAGGCUUUUCUAAACCCAAGGCUUCAUCACUCAACAGCAAACCAGGACUAAACUAAGUUAAAAGGUGGUCAGGACUAAAUCGUUUAACAGUAGCAUCAGUUCGCGGCAGGGUAUUCCUGAAUUGGGCAACGUGAAACUGAUUUUAAAAAGAAAAUAGUUUACGUUGACACAUUGUUAAAGGACUAAUCGUUCGCAAGUAGGAAUGACAGAGCGAAUGGAUCUAGAUACCCCACAUAAAUAAAGCGAGGGUGAAUGUUACCUCUUCGCUUUUGCUAAGAGACAGACAGCUAUCUGGGCGUGGAACACUUACUGGAACUGAAACUUUACAAAUCAAUGCCAAGAAUGGGCAAAUAAAGUAGAAACAACGGCUACUGUAGGCAAAGAGGAAAAAAAUCCGAGGUCGCAGUUUUUGGAUGUCUCCUGGCAAUGGAACUUGGUAGCACGUGGGAAAGAGAAACUGCUUGCAUUAUAACUUGAGAUAUGAAAACAACAUUUGGCAGAUGCGAUCAGGAAUGAGCUUUUAAAACUUCCAGCUUGAGAAGAAGGGCAGAUGCAGAACUGGAGCCUCAACAGUGAAGCGUAAAACUGGCAGUAAUUUAACGCCGAGACAGCAGCAUUAGCUCGCAGCCUGAACUGGGCGCCCCUGCUCUUCCGAAUCUGCCCUCGCACCCAUUCAGGCUCCUGUUCCACGCGCCUGGGAAGGACGUCACUUCGAAAUGGGCGUGCAGGAAGGAUUUAAAAAGAUGUGAACUGCUGGUUGCACAUACACGAUGCCCCGGCUCGAUGGACGUCAAAGGAGACAGAUACCAGUGCUUGUCAGCGUGAUCUAUUUUAUACUUAUCUGGACCAAAGAGAUGGACGCUUCAGGCAUCUUUUCAGAUUACUUAUCCAAAGUUUUGCGUCGCCAUACGGAGCAAGCAUGUGAUGGUGGCCACUUAAACCUAUAUUGCCCUCGAGAUACAACGAUAAGUAUACAGUCUGCAUUUUAUGGACGCAAGGUGCCAAGUUCCCUUUUGUGCCCUGGUUUACAUCCUAGAAAUGCAGUGGAGGAAAAUCUAAACUGCACAGCGCCAACCACUUUACAAAAAAUAUUGGAUGAAUGCCAGGAUCAGCAAUCCUGCCAGCUCCCAGUCAAUAGACGUGUUUUUGGACUUGACCCUUGCCCAGGCACCAGCAAAUACCUCCUUGUGUCCUACAAAUGCAAGCCUAAUGAGUACAAAAGCAAAGUAGCCUGUGAGGGCAAGGAACUUAAACUUCGCUGUAAAAACUCUACAUUGAUUAACAUCUAUUCUGCAACAUAUGGUAGAACGAUGAAUGGAAAUAAGGCUUGCCCUUCAAACCUUAAACUCCCUGAUAUAGAAUGUUUAUCACACACUGCCCUAGAAGUUGUAUCUACAAUUUGUUAUGGUAAACAAAACUGUAAAAUUAUCGCCAACAGCCGCUAUUUUGGAGACCCUUGUUUUCCUGGAAUGCAGAAAUAUCUCCAUGUCAUCUAUGUAUGUGCCAAUAAGUCCUUGGAUCCUCGAGAAUCCAGGUUCUCAAUGAAAGGAGGCAAAAUCGUUAUCAGCACUCUGGUUAUAUUUGCUUACAUCAAAAGUAACCCAGAAAUGGUUGCUUUAUUGUUUGUAUCCAGUGUCUGCAUUGGCUUGAUCUUCACGCUGUGUGCAUUAGUGAUUCGAGUGUCCUGCAGACCAGAUCUACAAAAAAUUUGCAACAGGAACUCUGAUGAUAGGAAAGUGGACAAUUGUCAGGAUAAGGAUGGCAAUGAGGGUAGCAACAAUGAUGAUGAAGAUGAAAGUAGUGAUGAUGAUGAAGAAAGUUCCUCAGACUUUUCCUUUGAAGGAUUAACAAAACUUUAUGGGACAUUAGGAUCCAACAGUACCGAAGCAGCAGAAAUAGCUGAGCGGAUAGAACGUCGAGAUAGGAUAAUACAGGAAAUCUGGAUGAAUGGAGGUUCAGAACUGCCUGUCAUAAGAAAUCUUAACCAGUAUUAUUGAUAACUAAGAAUAUCAAAGUCAUCAGUGUAGAUGCAUUGGCAAUUUACUAUGGUGGACAUGUCAUAACAUAAUCUUUAUUAUAACUACAAAGUACUUUUUAUUUUUAUUUCUAUUGAUCUCUCUUUAGUUACAGGUUCCUUCUAUGAAGGAAAUUGAUUAUUGUAAAAUGUGUUAAGUGAAGUCACAAAUGAAUAUUUUUAACAGGGUGAAUUUUUUGGCCAGACCUCAGCUUCAAGGAAAGCACUGUGAACAAUUUAUUCAUUUAUCUAGUUUACUGUGAGUUUAAAAUUUUCAAAACACUGUGCAGAUCGAAACAUUUCAAUUGGAUCAGGUUAUUCUUUUGACAUAACCAUUCUAAAACAGAGGUGUUCCAUCUCUCACCGUAACAGAUUCCUUAGGCUUAUUGGUGUACAUUUUACUCAUAGUCUGAAUAAAAGCAACAAAAAGAUAAAGGAUCAGAGAAUGGUUUCAGUGUACCAUGACCUUACCAUGAAUAUGAGCUUUCUGCUAAAAAUACUGUUAAGAUCAUAAGAAAUUGUCAUUGAACACUGAAUAUAUCUAAUUGCAUAAAGGCAGCAAUGUAAAUAUUGAUUCUUCCAGUCUACUUCUUUUGUAUAAAAAUGCUGCUUUUCUUUUCA